CUCAUCUCUCACAAAACUCUACUACCUCCACACAACCAACCUCCCCCUCCUUCAUCUCACACCUCUCUCUCCCUCUCCCUCGCUCACGACCAAACAAUCUCCUUCUCUCUUCUCCCUCCCACCCAUCGAAUCGUGCAUCUUCUUGCUACUGUAUUUGUAUUUCGAGCGUUUUUCUCUCCCCCACAAAGCUCACCACGUGCUGAACGUGGCUUUUCACAUCGGCGAUGUCUGAAUUUCUCGGGUCUCGCAUUUCCCUCAUCUCCAAAAGCGAUAUUCGCUAUGUUGGCACUCUACAUGAAAUCAACUCGGACGAGUCGACAGUAUCACUUGAAAAUGUGAGGUCAUUCGGUACCGAAGGUCGCAAAGGCCGACCUGACGAAGAGAUUGCCCCCUCCGACCAAGUCUACGAGUACAUUGUAUUCCGAGGCAGCGACGUGAAGGAUCUACGAAUUGAGGACCAUCCCAACAUCAAGGAGAACAAGCCUCCAGCUGUGCCCGAUGAUCCGGCCAUCGUUGGCGCUCGAGCUCGCCCUGGAGCCCAAGGGCCUAACCAAAAUGCUCCACCAGGAGGACCUGCGGCUUUCGGCCCAGGCCAAGGACCUUACCCACCCAACAACUUCUACGGAGGCCCACCACCGGGAAACUGGGGUCGUGGUGGUGCUCCAGGACCUGGCCCAGGCCCUAACUUUGGGAACAUGCCGUAUCCCCCUCCUCCUGGCUGGUUCCCUCCUGGUCAAGGAUUUCCGGGCGGCCCUGGUGGACCCAACGGUCCUGGAGGUCCUGGAGGUCCCGGACCUUGGGGCAACUAUCCUUUUCCACCAGGCCCUGGCGGUCCCGGUGCUCCUGGCCCUAACGCACCUGUUGAAGCUCCCGCGAACCAACGAGCCACUUCAGGCUCUGGUCCCUCACAAGAUGCGAAGCCAGCUCCUAUUGGUCCUGGCGCCGAUCGAGCCAAGCCAGCCACUCCCAGCGGACAGGCAGCACCUCCCACGGAACCCAAAUCGCUGGCUCAAGGUGUGCGACAGCCCUCUCAUGCCCCUACACCACCUGUCGAAUCGAAACCUUCGAUUGAGGAAGUCAAGCAGACUGCUGCGAGCCUAGCUGCCAAUGGCCAAGCAAAGCCUGAGGACAUCAGCAAGGCUACUCCUACUGGACCCAGGAAUCACCGGGUCAAUCCUGUGAUUCCUUUGACAGGAUCUGCUGCCAAGCCCUUCUCUCUACCAGGCGCAGGAGGUGAUGCUGCCAGCAAGGCUCCUGCAGCUACUGCACCGCCCAAUGUUCAGGAUGCCACCAACGCUGCUAGGGCUGCGGUCGCUGUUGCUAUGGCCCAAUUGGGCAACAACAGUGGCAACGCUAUGGACAACCUGACGAACAAGGUCAACGAGAUGCGUGUCAACGCCGUCCGAGGUAGACCAGCCAGCAGAGGUCGAGGCCGUGGUGGACAUCCUGCUGCCGCUAAGGUCGCGGUUCCCGACUCUGACUUCGACUUCGCCCAGUCUAAUGCCAAAUUCAACAAGCAAGAUGUUGUCAAAGAGGCUAUUGCUGGAUCUCCUCUGGAGACGCCAGAAAACCCUGCUGUCGCCGAGCAGCCCGAGAUCUCAACUACGACUGACGAUGCCGCUGUUGCCUACAACAAGUCGAGAUCGUUCUUUGACAACAUCUCCAGUGAAUCCAGAGAGCGAACCGAAAACGGAGGCCAGAAGCCCGGCGGUCGCGAAUGGAGGGGCGAGGAACAGCGCAAGAACAUGGAGACCUUUGGCCAGGGGAGCGUUGAUGGUGCUUAUCGCAACUACCGUGGUCGGGGUCGUGGUCGUGGUCGGGGCGGUCGUGGCUAUGGCCGCGGUGGACGAGGUGGAAACCGUCCUCAGUAUCAGACCACACCUGCUCAACAAUAAUCGGCCGCGACGUCACCGGCCAGUAUAAUACGAAUUGAGACAUAUCAUCCAUGUCAAACGGCACCGCGAGGCUGGGCGGUACGCCACAACGUCGACUAUGACUACGAACCGAUACAGGUUUCAUAAUUGCUCGUAACAUGUAUCACAAAUUUCCUACUUUUGGGACGAUUGCAUUUCUGCUGCUUUACACAAGCGAAACACGGUUCCCUACCGU